GCACGCAUUCUACGCUUUCUCUGGCAGAAUGUUAGUUCCUGCUCUUCCCUGGCCGUUUCCUGUAACCGUACAGUGUUGUGAGACGGAGAAAGCCAUGUGUGUCGAUGCAAAGCUGUUUACUUAAAAGUUGAGAAGAUUUGGACUGCGACGAUUUAGCUUCCAUCUCGGAGUCUUUUUAACGUUGUGCCCGUCUCCCUGUGUGGAGUGGGCAAGAUGGCGGACCCCAUCAUGGACCUCUUUGAGGACACACCCCUGUUUAACCUGGAUGCCCUACCGGACGACUCUUUCUCUCAGGGCUCCUCGGACCCCGUGGAAGAGGCCCUUAAGCUGGCGCUGGGCCAAGUGGACCCGCCGACCGAGUCCGAGCUCACGGUCGACGCAGGACUCGGCGUUUCUGUAGCAGCUCCCGCCAUCCUGGAAGCCCCCGCCCCCGUUCAAGUCCCCACGCAGCAGCAGCAGCAGCCAGUGCAAGUGGCGACCGCUCAGACUGUUUCCAUAGCUGCAGCUCCCACUGUGGCCCCAGCCCCUGCUCCGGCCCCCGUUGAACCCGUACCUCAGAUUCAGACCCAGACCACCAUCCCCAUAGUGAGCAGCACCAGCGUGGCCACCAGUAGCACCGUCCUGCUGAGCUCCCCUCUGACUGUGUCCAGCUCCCCGGUCACCACCACCGCCACCACGCAGCAGCUCACACAGAUAACUCACCAGCUCACUGCUCAGCAGCUCGCUGCCAUCACACAGCAGGCUGGGGGGAAAAUAGUCAUCCUCAAAGGGCCCCAGGGCCAAGCCCAGGUGCUGCAGACUGUAUCAGGAGCCACAGGCCAGACCACCGGAAAGGUCAUCCGCGUGUUGUCUGGCACUCCUCUUAAACCGGGCAUGUCCAUCCUGCAGGGGGGGACGGUCUUGAAUCAGGCGAGUCCGGGACAAGCUCAAGUCAAAGUGGGUGCUGCAGGGGUGCAGAGGCUGCUGCAGUCUCCCAACGGGCCGGUCAAACAGGUGCUGCUCACCUCCAUGCCCCAGCAGACACAAGGCCAGACGGUCCAGGUGCAGAUCCCAGCCCAGGCACAGAUGGCUCAAGGCCAGACUCAAGUCCAAGUCCAGUCUCAGGCCCAGGCUACUCAGAUCCAGGGCCAGGUGCAGCUCCAGCCAGCCAUGCAGGCCCAAACAGCGGGUGGUGAAGCAAAGCGGAUCACCCUGGUCCUCCAGCAGCCCUCCCAGGCCGGCUCUGCUGCAGCGGGUCAAGGCCAGCAGCAGGUCACACAAGUUCAGCAGGUUCAGACGGCCCAAGGAGCCCAGCAGCAGCAGCAGGUCCCCACUAGGCUGGUACUGGGACAGCUCCCCGGAGGCAAACUGGUGCUUCAGGGAAGCCAGCUAGCAGCCCUGACCCAGGCUCGGGCUGCAGGCCAGGCAGGGGGGCAGCCCAAAGUCCUCACAAUCCAGCUGCAGGUGCAGCAGCAGCCCAACCAACAAGGAGGAGUCAAGUACCAACUGGUCUCAGGAACUGGGAACGCUGGCAGCCCUCAGGUGCUGCAGAUCUCCCAGGGCCAAGGAGGACAGAGAGUCGCGGUGCCGCUUAAGAUGCUGCUGCAGCCACAGACGAGCACGGCGACCUCGGCGGGCGGGACGGUCUCCGUGGUGAAGGUGAUCAACACGUCUGCGGCGGGCCCCUCCACCACCACCACCACCCCGUCCCAGGCCAUCCGCAUCACCAAGGCGCCCGGCGAGCCCGCCUCCGUGCGGCGGGUGGAGAUCCUGUGCAAGCAGGAGAAAGCCAACCGCAUCGUGGCCGAAGCCAUCGCUCGGGCCAAAGCGCGCGGCGAGAAGAACCUGCCCCGAGUCCUGAACCAGGACGAGCUGCCCGCCACGCAGACCUCCCCGGAGAUCGGAGGAACGGUGACCGUGGUGUCGGCCGCCAAGAAGAAGAGCAGCGGAGGAGGAAGCAAGAAGAAGAGUCCCGUCGCUGGAGGAACGACGCCCAAAACCACAGGAGGAGCCGAUAAAAAGGGCAAAGUGAAGACGCCCGGAGGAACGACGGGAGUGGCUGGAGGAACGGUGAUCCCCGGCUCCGGGAACAAGAGCAAGAGCAAAACUAAGACAAACACUAUUACUCUAGUGGGAGCAAAGAAAAGGAAGCGAAACGCGUCGUCGGACCACUCUGACGGGGAGCUGAGCCCCGCCUCUCCUGCUGCGCUGGACGAAGACUUGAUUACGCAGAGGCGCUCCAACCGCGUGGUGAAGAGGAAGAAGUACACGGAGGACCUGGACAUCAAGAUCACCGACGACGAGGACGAGCAGGAAGACGUCGACGUCACGACGACGGCUGCAGCCGUGGCGUCCAUCAGCGGCGGGACGGCGGCGCAGCUCAAACAGGAGCUGGAGCUGGACGUGGACGGACAACCCAGCAUGCAGUUCUUCGUGGAAAACCCAAGUGAGGAAGAUGCUGCCAUUGUAGACAAAGUUCUGUCUUUGAGGUUAACCAAGAAGGAAGUGACCCAGGGCCAGUACACCAAUAUUGAGGAAUUCUUUGUCAAAUACAAGAACUAUUCGUACUUACACUGUGAGUGGGCGACUCUGGCUCAGCUGGAGAAAGAUAAGAGGAUCCAUCAGAAGAUCAAGAGGUUCAAGACGAAGCACGCACAGAUGAGACAUCUCUUCCAGGAGGAGGAGGAGCCUUUUAACCCCGACUACGUGGAGGUGGACAGGAUCCUGGACGUCUCCCACAGCGUGGACAAGGACAACGGAGAGCCUGUUAUCUACUACCUGGUGAAGUGGUGCUCUCUGCCUUACGAGGACGCCACUUGGGAGCUGAAGGAGGACGUGGACGAGGGCAAGAUCGAAGAAUUCUCCAAGAUCCAAAACAGACAACCUCGACUGAAAAGAACGCCACGGCCGUCUGCCAGCUCAUGGAAGAAGUUGGAGGAGACCCGAGAAUAUAAGAACGGCAACAUCCUGCGAGAGUACCAGCUGGAAGGGGUUAACUGGCUGCUCUUCAACUGGUACAACAGGCAGAACUGUAUCCUGGCAGACGAGAUGGGUCUGGGGAAGACCAUCCAGUCCAUCGCGCUGCUGUCGGAGGAGUACGCUGCCGGGGUCCAGGGCCCGUUCCUGGUCAUCGCUCCUCUGUCCACCAUCACCAACUGGGAGAGGGAGUUCAGCACCUGGACCGACAUGAACGCCAUCGUCUACCACGGCAGCCUGGCCAGCCGCCAGAUGAUCCAGCAGUACGAGAUGUACUUCAAAGACGACAAGGAACAUUUGAUCCCGGGUGCCUACAAGUUUGAUGCCCUGAUCACGACCUUCGAGAUGGUUCUGUCCGACUGUCCGGAGCUGAGGGAGAUCUCGUGGCGCUGUGUGAUCAUCGACGAGGCUCACCGCCUCAAGAACCGCAACUGUAAGCUGUUGGACAGCUUGAAGAUGCUGGACCUGGAACACAAGGUGUUGUUGACCGGCACGCCCCUCCAGAACACUGUGGAGGAACUCUUCAGUUUGCUCCAUUUCCUGGAGCCGACUCAGUUCCCCUCUGAGACUGAAUUCCUCAGAGAUUUUGGAGACCUCAAAACAGAGGAACAGGUUCAGAAGCUGCAGGCCAUCUUGAAACCAAUGAUGCUCCGAAGACUCAAAGAGGAUGUCGAGAAGAACUUGGCACCCAAACAGGAGACCAUCAUUGAGGUUGAGCUGACUGAUGUGCAGAAGAAGUAUUACAGAGCCAUCCUGGAGAGGAACUUCAGUUUCCUCAGUUUAGGGGCGAACAGUAACAGCAACGUUCCCAACCUGCUCAACACUAUGAUGGAGCUACGCAAGUGCUGCAACCACCCCUACCUCAUCAACGGCGCGGAGGAGAAGAUCAUAGCGGAGUUGCGGGACGUGUACGACCCCAUGGCCCCCGACUUCCAUCUUCAGGCUCUGAUUCGAUCGGCCGGUAAACUGGUGCUACUGGACAAGCUGCUGCCUCGCCUCAAGGCCGGCGGACACAAAGUGCUCAUCUUCUCCCAGAUGGUGCGCUGCUUAGACAUCCUGGAGGACUACCUCAUCAACAAGAGAUACCUUUAUGAGCGAAUUGAUGGCAGAGUGCGCGGGAACUUACGACAAGCUGCCAUCGAUCGCUUCAGCAAGCCCGACUCAGACCGCUUCGUCUUCCUGCUGUGUACCCGCGCUGGUGGCCUGGGUAUCAACCUCACUGCUGCUGACACAUGUGUUAUAUUUGACUCUGACUGGAACCCUCAAAAUGACCUGCAGGCUCAAGCUCGGUGUCAUCGUAUCGGCCAGUCUAAGGCGGUCAAGGUCUACCGUCUGAUCACUAGGAACUCCUACGAGAGGGAGAUGCUGGAUAAAGCCAGUCUGAAGCUCGGCCUGGACCGAGCUGUGCUGCAGAGCAUGAGUGGCAACAAAGAAAGCAACGUCAACGGGAUCCAGCAGUUCUCCAAGAAGGAGAUCGAGGACCUGCUGAGGAAGGGAGCGUACGCCGCCAUCAUGGACGAGAACGACGAAGGCAGCCGCUUCUGUGAGGAAGACAUCGACCAGAUCCUCCAGAGACGAGCCACCACCAUCACCAUCGAGAGCGAGGGCAAGGGCUCCACGUUCUCCAAGGCCAGCUUCGUGGCCUCGGAGAACCGCAACGACAUCGCCCUCGACGACCCCGAGUUCUGGCAGAAGUGGGCCAAGAAAGCCGACAUAGACAUGGACUCCAUGAACAGAAAGAACACUCUUGUGAUCGACACUCCCAGAAUCCGUAAGCAGACCCGUCAGUUCUCCACCCUACGAGGCGACGGAGGAGACCUGUCGGACCUGGACAGCGACGACGAGUAUCCGCCCGCCAACUCCAGACAGUCUCGAGCCUCGCGGCGCUCCGACCGCCACAGCGGAGGAGGCUACGGCCGCACCGACUGCUUCCGGGUGGAGAAACACCUGCUGGUGUACGGCUGGGGCCGCUGGAGGGACAUCCUGUCCCACGCCAGGUGUAAACGCCGCCUCAGCGAACGGGACGUGGAGACGAUCUGCCGCGUCAUCCUGGUCUUCUGUCUGCUGCACUACCGCGGAGACGAGAACAUCAAGAGCUUCAUCUGGGAACUCAUCACGCCGCCGGAGAACGGGAGAGAACCUCAAACACUACUCAACCACUCAGGCCUGUCCAUCCCCGUUCCUAGAGGCAGGAAGGGUAAGAGGGUAAAGGCCCAGAGCACGUUUGAUGUUCAGAAGGUGGAGUGGAUCCGUAAGUACAACCCCGACACCCUGCUGCUGGACGACAGCUACCGCAAACACCUCAAGCACCAGUGCAACAAGGUGCUGCUGAGGGUGCGUAUGCUCUACUACCUGAAACAGGAAGUGAUCGGAGAACAUUCAGACGCCGUCCUGAAAGGAGCCGACAUCAGGGAUGUUGACAUCUGGAUGCCUGAGAUGGAGCAGCAGGAGGUUCCUGCAGGCUGGUGGGACACGGAGGCAGACCGCUCGCUGCUAGCUGGAGUAUUCAAACAUGGUUACGAGAUGUACACCACUAUGCGUGCUGAUCCCUGUCUCUGCUUCCUGGAGCGAGCCGGUCGGCCCGACGACAAGGCCAUCGACGCGGAGCAGCACACUGGAGACGCUGAGAUGGGAGACGAUAAUGAGUACGACAAGUACUCGGAGGACCCGGAGUUCAAGCCUGCGUCGAGACACGCCAAAGAUCUUUUCGAGGAGGCCGACUCCAUGAACGUGGACGAUGAGAUCUCUGUGGAGGACAAGGUGGGCCCGGUGAUCACCGAACACUUCUCCAGCCAGAGUCAGAGCCAGAGUCAGAGUGGCGCCUGCGACUGGCCCUCCAGCUCGACGCUCACGGCGCGGUUGCGGCGGCUGAUCACAGCGUACCAGCGCAGCUACAGGCAGGAGCAGCUGAAGAUCGAAGCCGAGGCCAAAGGAGACCGCAGGCGCCGACGCUGUGAGCAGGCCAGCAAGCUGAAGGAGAUCGCACGGCAGGAGCGCCAGCAGAGGUGGACACGGAGGGAAGAAUGUGACUUCUACCGCGUGGUCUCCACUUUCGGCGUGGAGAAGAUCAAAAAGGAACAAGGUCUUCCCGAGCCGGGAGACCCCGAGUUCGACUGGAACCGCUUCCGAACCUUCGCUCGUCUGGAUAAAAAAACGGACGAGAGCCUCAGCAGAUACUUCCGCUCCUUCGUGGCCAUGUGCCGGAGAGUCUGCCACCUGAGGCCCGGCCGCGGUGAAGAAGCAGCAGAGAUCUCCCAGACGGUGGCGCCCAUCACCGAGGAGCGAGCCUCCCGGACCCUCUACCGGAUCAGCCUCCUGCGGCGCCUGCGGGAGCGAGUCCUGCCCCACCCGUGCCUGGAGGAGCGCCUCCCUCUGGCGCCGACCAGCUCGGAGCUGCCCGCCUGGUGGAACAUCCCCGAACACGACCGCCAGCUGAUGCUGGGCGCCGCGCUGCACGGCGUCAGCCGCACCGAGCUCUCCAUCUACCCGGACCCCCAGUUCUCCUUCACCCAGGCCCGGGAGGAGUUCAUCCAGAACCAGCAGGCGCCUCCUCCUCCUCCGCCGCCUCCUCCUCAGGCCCCGCCCAUCCUGCCCCUCAGCCAGCCCAAGAUGGAGGAGGUGGUGGUGCACGGCGUGAAGGAGGAGGUGUCGGAGGAGGACGCCCGGCUGCUGGGAGGCGACAUCAUGGCCGCCGCCGCCCAGCUGCAGAGCACGCCGCUGAGCCUCCACGACGGGAAGGAGCGGGGGCAGGGCUGGAGCCUGAAGAGGAGCAGAGGGAGGGACGGGAAGCCAGGAGGACGGAAGGGAGAGGGAGGCUCCGACUCCGACUCUGACUCUGAUUCUGGCUCCUCCUCGUCGCGGUCCGGCAGCAGUGAUGACAGCGGAGAGAGCGAGGAGGAGGGAGAGAGAGCGGGUCUGAAGAUAUGUGACGGGGAUGAAGAGAACAGUUUACUCUCUAUGACUCCGUCUCAGGACGGCCUCCCCCCUCCGGACCCUCUCAGAGUGGACUGGCCCAAAGACCGCGUGCUGAUCAACCGUCUGGACAGUCUGUGUAUGCUGACCAUGACGGGCCAGUGGCCCUCGGGGCGCCGCUACCUGCCCGAGGCUCAGCUCAACCCCAGCGCCGAGCUGGCGGGAGACGACAUGGCGUACACCAGGGUGAUCCGUAAACCCAGCGGCAUGCCCGGAGGCCCCGGGGAGGACGGAGAGGACGGAGAGUUCACUGUGAAGCUCCUCAAGGAGGAGGGUCUGAAGCUGACCUUCUCUAAACAGGCCCUGAUGCCCAACGGCUCGGGGGGAGAGAGCAGCCGCAAGAGGCGCAAGGACCAAGAGUUAUCAGACCCAGAUGGACUCAACGACCCACUGGAGCGUACGCCUCGACGCAGGGACCCUCCCACCUGGCUGAAGGAGAACCCAGAUUAUGAGGUGGAGGGAGACAUGCUGGAGCUUCUUGUGAACCGGAGCAAGAGGAAGAGGAGGAGGAGGGCUGAUAAAGCUCUGACGGGCAGCGAGAAGGUCAAAGUCAUUAACAUGAGGACGGGAAAGAAGGUUGGAAAUGCUUUCUGUCCCAUGCUGCAGGACCUGAGGGAAUACCUGGAGGAGAACCCUGACAACGCUGUCGCUCCAGACUGGUCGGAAACUGUUCGCGGCUCUGGCUUCCUGCCGGAGACCUUCUUCCACCGGCUGCUGUCCGAGCACUCGGAGAUCCCGAAGAAAAGCAAACGCCGCCAUCAUCACCACCAUCACCACCACCACCACCACCACACUCCAGAGCCCGCCCCCGAGGAGCCCACCCUGGACGGGGUGGAGGAGGAGACCCUGGUCUCUGACGGAGCCUACAUGAUGGACGAGGAGGACCUGGAGACGUCCCACCACUUCCUCACCAGCCCGGACUUUGACGUUAAAAUGGAGGGCGGCGACAGCCUCUCCCAAGGAGACUAUGACAGCUCGGACCAGGAGGCGCUGUUGGACGAUGUCAUCAUAGCACAGAAGGACUCCGACUCCUCGUCGAGCUCCGAGGAUUGACUGACCCCCUCCCCCCGAACACAUUGGACUCAGUCCCCUUCUCAACCAUGAAUCAUGUUAUUCCUCAUCAUUUAUUUUUACCGUAUUAUGUAUGAAAUUAUGGAAGAAUGUGUCUUUUGUUGCUACUUUUAUUCAUUUAUUUCAUAUAGGGAUUGUUUUUCCAAUGAAAGGAGCAGGUUUGCACCCAUCUGUUUUCUUUUUUUCACCAUUUUUUUCGACAAUUGUGUUCCAUCUCGUGCUCCUCGAUCCUUCUCUCUGACCUCUUGACAAAAAGCUGAGCUUUCUUACUUCACCACUCCUCCUCUUCCUCCUCUUCCUCCAAAACCUGUUCUUUCCCAUGACAUUCCCAGCCAUGACCAAAAGGGGACCCCCUGCUGUACAGAAACCCUUUUCUUAUCAAAUAACCUCAAUGCUGGUCCUCUAGCGCUACAUGAAACUGGACAUGUGUACUGAGCAAGAGCCUGGAUCCAGAUCCCACAGUCCCCCCCCUGAAGCUGGUCCGGUCCGGACCAGUUUGUGAACUAAAAGGGGAUCCAGUGGAUGUACUGUUAUUGUUUUCACUCUAGGGAGGGGUGGGGGUUGAGGGGGAGGGAAAGUGGCGUAUUAGUUACUGAAGCCGUGCUAGGAGGACGGCUGUAUUGUACAAUGUAGAGCUGGUCAAUUGUGUACUAUGGUGCAAAGAUGACGGCAAUGAGUUACUAUUCUUGUUUUAUGAUCUGAGUGUAUCUGUGAAAUGAAUAACAGCAAUCUACAGUGAAAGCAGCUCUGUGUCUAUUAUUGUGACUUUGACCAAGCAGACGUGAUGUUUCUACACACUGAGGGUUAUGGUUAGAGGUUUUGUUUUUUUUAAACAUGUUUAUUGCACAUUUUGUUAAUUUAUAAACGGGGAACGACAUAGAACAAGAAGG